AUUUGACUCCUCUUGUCUUCCACUCAGACAGAUAAUAAUAAACCCUCCAUGUGGGCUCAGAGCCCCAAACAAGCGCUGCAGCUUUCUAUUGGCCGCCACUGAGAGAGGGGCGGGGAUAGGUACACGUGUUUUUAAAGUCUGUCUUUGCAACGACAAACAUCUUCUUCAGUAGCCUAUUGCUGGAGAGGGUAAUGGCAGAAUUUGCAGCGCCAGACGGGAAACCAAGUGAACAUAAUAAAACAGCAGCAAGAAUAAAAGGGACGCAGUGUGCAUAUCUGGCGCAUAUGGGACUUAUUACAACUAGAAAACGAAAGCUUUGCACUGCAAGGACCAACAGCCCACUUCACUGAUGAGGUCUAAAGCAGCCAUCAGAUAGGAGUGACCUGCCCUCACCAAAGGCGCACAGCACGCCUGCAGAAGCACAGGCCCGGUCUCCCCUGUUCCCUGCAGGAUCUAGUCCCGUUGUCCACAUUUUCUGCUUGAGUUUGUACCCGGGAUCAUUCAAAACUGUUUCUCCAACGCUUCUACCAAAAACUUAGACUGUUUUCCAAAGCAGAAUCGGCCCAGCCCUCCCAGGCGGAAGUAAUGGGGAGUGUGCGAAGCCACCGUUACAGCAUUGUGUCCUCCGAGGAAGACGGCAUGAAGCUGGCCACUAUUGCCAUGCCGAAUGGCUAUGGAAACGGCAAUGUCAACAAGGUGCACACAGAGCACCAACAUCAGAGCCGCUUUGUCAGCAAGGACGGCCACUGCAAUGUGCAGUUUAUCAAUAUGAGUGAGAAAGGCCAGCGGUACCUGGCAGAUAUCUUCACCACCUGCGUGGACAUCCGCUGGCGCUGGAUGCUGCUCGUCUUCUGCCUUUCUUUCCUUCUGUCUUGGUUGUUUUUUGGCUUAGUCUUCUGGGUAGUGGCCCUCUCCUAUGGGGACUUAGAAAAUGAGACUCAGAUGUGUGUUUCCAAUGUGGACAGCUUCACCGCUGCCUUCUUGUUCUCAGUGGAGACCCAAACCACUAUUGGCUAUGGAUAUCGCUAUGUGACAGAGGAGUGCCCUGUUGCCGUCUUUAUGGUCGUCUUCCAAAGCAUUGUGGGCUGCAUCAUCGAUGCUUUCAUCAUCGGUGCUGUCAUGGCCAAGAUGGCCAAGCCCAAAAAGAGGAAUGAGACCCUGGUGUUCAGCCAUUAUGCUACAGUGGCCAUGAGGGAUGGUAAACUUUGCCUGAUGUGGCGUGUGGGGAACCUGAGGAAGAGUCAUCUGGUGGAGGCCCACGUCAGGGCCCAGCUACUCAAGUCCCGCACCACUGCCGAGGGCGAGUUUAUCCCUCUGGAUCAGGUAGACAUUGACGUCGGCUUUGAUAGUGGCAUUGACCGAAUCUUCCUGGUGUCUCCAAUCACCAUUGUGCAUGAGAUUGAUGAGGACAGCCCGUUCUAUGAGAUGAGCAAACAGGAGUUGGAGACGUCAGGAUUUGAGAUUGUAGUGAUUCUCGAGGGCAUGGUUGAGGCUACAGCCAUGACUACUCAGUGUCGGAGCUCCUACGUGGCCAGUGAGAUCCUCUGGGGCCACCGCUUCGAGCCAGUGCUCUUUGAGGAAAAGAACUACUACAAAGUGGACUACUCUCGCUUUGAAAACACGUAUGAGGUGCCCAGCACACCCAACUGUAGUGCCAGGGAACUAGCCGAGAAGAAGUGCGACACCUCCAGCUCAAGAAACUCCUUUUGUUAUGAGAACGAGUUGGCUCUCGAAAAAGUUGAGAUGGAAAAGGAGUUUGAGGAGGAGGAAUACAGGGAGGUGAGGGGUGUUGCGGUUGGUGUACUUGAGGACACAAACACAGAUCUGGUGUCAGACUCUGAAUGCAAUAUGGACUCUUUGCCUUUAGAAUCAAGGCCUUUGACAGCAGAAUCAGAAAUAUGAGUUAAAGAAGGGUUAAAUACUGGUAUAUUAAAACCAGCUUGAAUUUGGUCCUGAUUGCGGUUGUUUAUAAUGCAUGACAGUUUGUAAAAGACUGUGGUUUGAGAAUGAAGUUCUCUAUGCAGAAUCUCAUGUACAAGACACCAUGGAAAAAUCCAGACAUGUUAUAUUGUUUAAAGUGGUGAUAAAGUAACUGUUUGCAUGGAGCUAGAGGGAUAGAAUAGGUUAGAUACCUUCACUUACACACUGUGCAGUCUGCCCUCCUUAAAAUAUUUUAGUAGAAUAGCCAGUUGGGUUCAGAAAAAUACAGUUUAAUAGAUCGUUUUUUGUGGCCUAAACUUCACAUAAGGUCAUGACUGGCUAAAUAAUUAAAUAUAUUUGAUUUCAAUUAAAUAGAUUUAAAAAAAAAAAAA